AUGCAAGGGCUUGCAAAGGGGAUCAUCAUGGCGCUCGCCGCGUGGGCGACGAGCUCAGCCGCCAGAAGCAUCCAGAGUAGUGCUGAUUGUGCUGUUGACAUCUGUCCCAGGGAUGCGGGCAGUGGCUGGGUUAACGACGUCCAGACUCAGCUUGUCCCCAAGCUGUCGGGGGGUGCAAAGGUCUAUAUGCCCGGCUCAAGUGACUAUGAUACCGCUACGAAUCGUUGGUCGGCCCUUGAUGCUCCCCAGGUGAAAGUCGUCGUUGUCCCGGAUAAUGCCAAUGACGUUGUUGAAACGGUCAAAUUCGCAAACAAGAAACAAGUCCCAUUCCUUGCUUACAACGGUGCCCAUGGCGCCCUCACCACGUUGGGCAAGAUGAAUGGUGGUAUCGAGAUCUUUAUGAAACAGCUCAGCAGCGUCGAAAUCGCCCAGGAUGGUAAAUCAGUCAAGAUUGGAGGUGGAACAAACUCCAAACUCGUCACCGAUACCCUCUGGGAUGCUAAGAAACAGGCUGUGACCGGGACCUGCGAGUGUGUCAGCUAUCUUGGACCUGCUCUUGGAGGUGGCCACGGCUGGCUUCAGGGUCACCACGGGCUCAUCGCCGAUCAGUUCCUGUCGAUGGACAUCGUCUUUGCUAAUGGCAGCCUCAAGACCAUCAAACCGGACUCUGAUCUCUGGUGGGCCAUGAAAGGUGCCGGCCACAACUUUGGCAUCGUCACUUCUGUCACUAUCAAGAUCUUCGACAUCGAGUACACCGACUGGGCCAUCGAGACCCUGACUUAUUCCGGUGACAAGGUCGAGGCUGUCUACCAGGCUGCCAACAACCUCCUCAUGAGCCAGCCCGUCAACAUCAUCAACUGGUCCUACUGGCUCAACAACCCCGGUGCCGAUGCCAACAAGCCCGUCAUCAUCUUCUACCUCAUCCAAGAAGGAGUCAAGGCUGUCGAUCCGACCGUUACCAAACCGUUCCAUGACAUCGGCCCCCUCACCACCGAGCCCAAGGCCGGAACUUACAAGGACCUAGCCGGAUGGACCGGCAUCGCUACUGACUCCCCGCCUUGCCAGAAGGUCGGCCUCUCCAACCCUCGUUUCCCCAUCUACCUGGAGGCCUACAACCCUUCUGCCAUGAAACAAGCCUACGACCUCUUCGCCGCCCAGGCAAACCUCGCCAGCCCCUUCCACAACUCCAUCUUCAUGUUCGAGGGCUACUCUACCCAGGGCGUCAAGGCCAUCGACCCAAUGUCCUCAGCCUUCGCCUUUAGAGGAGACAACUGCCUCGCCGCUCCUCUCAUCAGCUACGAGCCCGCCGACGCCGCUCUCGACCAAAAGGCCGCCGCCCUUGGCCAGCAGCUUCGUGAGAUCCUCCACACCGGAAGCGGCCGCUCUGAAGUGCAUACGUACGUCAACUACGCCUUCGGCACCGAGACGACGCAGCAGUGGUACGGCUCCGAGCAGUGGCGUCAGGACAAGCUCCGCAGCCUGAAGCAGAAGUAUGAUCCCAAUGGCACAUUCAGCUUUUAUGCUCCUAUCACCGUAUAG